GGAAAAGUAGACAGAAAAAAAGCUGUCACUGCGACUUAUUGAUGGGGACUAUUCACAAUAGACAUUCUUUUUUUUUUGCCUUGGUGCCCCAAAAACUUUUAUAAUUCUCUUAUUCUCUCUUUUUUCAUUUUUCUUCUUCUUUCAUAUUCAAGCUCGUGUUCAAACUUACAUUCAUCAUCCAUUCUCACAUCACAUUCAUUACACUUCACUAAACAUUGUGUAUUGUAUACUACUCUCCUAUUUCUAAUUCAUAUAUUCACUUUCAGUAUUAAUUCCUUAUUAAGAAAUCUCCAUAACCAUACCCUUGCGCCCAAGGCAGGCUGUCCAUAUCGGUGAUUUUACUUCUAAUCAAAACAGUGCACCUUUGAUCGUUCUCAUAAUGAGCUCUUCUAGCGACACAUCUACCCCCAACGUCGAGAACAUGUCCAAUGCUGAGCUAUUCCAGUAUCUCUUCAAAGCUGAGCUUGAUGCUGGUGAUUUGCCUGCUGCCUUAACUGAAGUGCUCUUCGAACAGGACCUCUCGACCGAAACAGUUUUCGACACUUAUUCUCCAUCUUCUUCGGCAGCUUCCACUGUUGCGCAUUCACCAUACACUUCUGCAUCGCCAACCGCUUCCUCACCCCACGGCGGCUCUCCAGUCGCUUCUAUUCUCUCAUACGACUCCCCUUCGCCAUAUCGCUGUGUCACCUCUUCUCCACAACAGCUUAACUUCGAACAAGAACAGGAGCAACAACCGGCGCAACAGCCGGAGCAACAACUGGAAUAUCAAAUUCAAAUGUUUCAACCUUUACAGCAGUACCCUGAAUUAUCGAUAACAUCUACCACAUCGUUGACAUACCCAACACGCUUGCCAUCCAACAUGUUUUCUUACAGGCAGAUCUCUCCUGAUAUGCCUCCUAGCAUGCCUUCUCCAUCGACACCGGCUGGUUUUGCAGAUACAUCUGAAGACCAAUUUUAUAGCUUGACGCAAGAAGCUACGGCUAGAGCAUCCUCCAGUACUAUGUCUACAGAGGAAAUGACACUUUGGCUGCAGCGCUUUCAGCAGGUCCAGAGGCUACAACAUCCCUCCACCUCUGAUACUCAGAAUCAUUAUGGAGACGCUGAGUGCUCUGCUCCGCCGUCUUCUCCGACAAUCAAGAACUCAUCCCUUUCCAACUUAUUAUCUCUCAAGAGGGAAAAACAUACUUUCUAUCCAUCGCCUCCUAUGAAAGACGAUGUUGACAUGGACAGCGAUUCGGACCAUGGAUCCAACCAAAAUAAUGAUUCUCAGUCCGAUCCUCUCAAGCCUAGUCCAAGCGAGCUCAAAAAAAUGACAAGUAAAGAGCGCCGUCAGUUGCGUAACAAACUAUCUGCUCGCAACUUCAGAGUGCGCAGAAAAGGUAAUAUAACAAUGCCUGAACUAUCUUCAGUCUCAAAGUGAAUUGUAUUAAAAAACCCCCUAUGGACUGAUCAUGUUUGAUUAUAUCAUUAAAUAGAGUAUAUCAGCAGCCUCGAAGUUCAAGUGAAGGAAGCUCGCAAAGAAGCC